UUGUGUUGUUUUUGUUGAAAUUUGUCUUCAAAAGAAUCUUAUCUGGAAAAAGCCUGAAAAAAAAUUAUCUGAGAUGUCUGAGACAAUGAACAUCAGCUUCGAGCAUCAGAAUGAAGAAAACAACAGGAAUAAGGAAGAAGAUGAACAGGCACAGAUUGUUCCGAAGGCUGAGCCUGCUGCUGAGAGAGGUGAAGAAUUCACAGCUGCUUAUUUGGAUUACAACUCAAAUGAAAAGAAAUCAAAGAAAGGUGCACUUCCAAAUGACAACGAAUCAGAGUUCGACCCCACAAAUCUGAGUGAAGUUGAGGAUGACUUCUCCAUUCCAGUGAGCGAACGAGACAGCUUCUCUUCAGUCCAAAGAAACAGAAUAUCAAAACGAACUAGCUCGUACAACCGGAGUCCCGCUAAGCACAGUUCGAGAUACUACCUGGAAAGCGAAGACGAAUUCCUCGCGAGUUUGCCACGACGUAAGUUAACCCGAGCUUGUAAGUCAUCGGGGUCCAGGGCAAUCAUGGAUAUCGACAUUCCAUCGAGUAGUUCGCCAGAGGAAUUUGAUGAAGCUAUUCAUGUGAAAACGAAUUACAACAGAGGUCCAAAUCAAGCGAAAAGUACCGAUGAUGCAAAAUUGGCUGCCGAAAAGUCAAACGCUAAUUCGAAAUUGUCCAGUAAUGUUAAACAAGAAGCGAGUGUUGAACCGAACACGGAGCUCAAUUCAACUGAAUUGAAAUUUGAGAAGCUUGAAAGUGCUUUGAAAAGUGUGAAUGAAAAUGAAAUCGAAAUGGGAUCACCUGCAAAGAAAGUUAAAAGCGACCAUUUGGAAGAACCGGUCAAUGACCGAAAAGACUCUCAAGAACACGAAAUAGCUGAAGACAAUGAAUAGAGAGAGUUGUGAGCUCAAUUAAUGAUAGAUAGAAUUUAUCUAGAUUGCGUAUGAACUUGACAAUAGGAGAUUGUAGUUGGUUUGGGUUCGAUAAAUCUUUCAAGCAAUUUUUGUCAUGUUGAUUAAGGAGGAUUAUAGUUUCUACUGAUCGUUCCAAUUUUGUUUUAGUUUCUUGAUUUUUUUUUCAAAUUGUUGAAUUUAGUUUUCAAUUUAAAUUGGUGAUUAGUUUUGAUCAAUUGUUAGUGCUAAAGCCUGAAAUUUA